AUGCAAAGUGCACCAGGCCAGAAUCUUGCUAGAAGGUGUCAGUGGUGCCUCAAAGCUGCCUGGAAAUUGUUAAUUCCCAUCUCAGUCGUAGGUCUGACUGUUCUGACGAUAAAUGGUUAUUGCCUCUAUAAUGAAUGCACUCCCAGAACCCUCAAAAUUGCACUCCCCGUGGAUCUUGCUUACCCACCGCCACCGAAGGGGAACGAAGGUGCCGCCAGUGACACCGUGGAAGAAAGGGAGUGGUGGCAAGAGGCACUGUGCCAAACCAGAGCCGACGACGACGAGGCACUGAUGAUACGCUUGCCGGUGCUUGCCAGAGACGUUGAACCAGACAGGAAAGAUUAUAAUAUAUAUCUUGGAGAGACGAACUGUGAUUCCCGGCCAUUGUUCAGGGUAUGGUGUUCUGUGGAGAGCUACGCCCAGCAGAACCCGGGGGCGAAGGUGUGGUUCCUGGUGACCGCCCCGACGCUCGACGACUCGGACCGCCUCGUGGCCAGGCUCAGGGCGCACUACGGGAACCUGCGCGUCGUCGGCGUCGACCUCGACAGGCUGUUCGCGGGGACGCCCGUCGAGGAGAUCUUCACGUCGGGAAACUGGACGCGGAACACGCCCUGGCCGGCCAACAACCUGUCGAACCUGCUGCGCAAUGUGCUGCUGUGGCAGUGGGGCGGCUUCAACAGUGACACCGACUGCCUCUGCGUCCGGAGCAUCGAGAACCUCCGCAAUGUCAUCGCCUACGACGAGAAGAAGCAAGUCGUCAACAACGCCAUCAUGCAUUUCGACGCGCAACACGACUACGUGGGCGCCAUGAUGGAGUACCACAGGCUCAACUUCAAGACGAACGUGUGGCACACCAACGGCCCUGGCACCGCCACGGCCACAGCCAGGAGAUUGUGCGAGACGGAGAACCUGAAUGAGCUUCUCCACAGGAAGUGCGCCGCCCUCACGCUCCUCCCUCUCAAGAAGCUCCAGUUCUACAGAUUCGACUCCUGGAAGCGCUACUUCGAGCCUAAGGCCGGGUCGGACUUCUUGAAGGAACACAGCGAGGCCUACAUUCUCCACCUGUACAACAAACUGUCCAAGAAGGAGCCGGUUCGCGUCGGUUCACGCAGCAUCUACGACUCCACCGCCAGGGAGGUCUGCCCCGUCACGUACGCCGCCGCCGGAAGCCGAUCCGACUUUUUCUAA